AUGGUGAUGGAGGACGCCGAGAUUAGUAGUAGGGCGGUGGAAUCGAUGCCCGUGAACACUCGGCAACAGAGAAAGAAACUUGAGGUUUACAAUGAGGUUCUUCGUAGGCUUAAAGAUUCGAAUAACCUGGAGGCUAAUGAGCCUGGCUUCGACCAUGAACUUUGGGCUCACUUCAAUCGUCUUCCCACUCGGUAUGCAUUGGAUGUGAAUGUGGAAAGGGCGGAAGAUGUUCUCACCCAUAAGAGGUUGUUGCAUUUGGCUCAGGAUCCUGCGAAUAGACCUGCCUUUGAAGUCCACCUAGUUCAGGUUCUUCCUAUCUGUGAUGGAAACACAGGCGUGUCUCCUUCUAACUCGCCAAGAAAGGAAGUUGCUCAAAGCAUUCAUCCGCCACCAGCCUUUGGUUCAUCUCCUAAUCUUGAAGCCCUUGCACUUGAAGCAAACAAAGCUCAAGUUGAAGAUGGGGACAGUGUCGUACAUGGUCGUCUAAAGUUCUCCCGGAUCAUGCAUGAAAUCACCUUUUCAACAGAUGACAAGCCAAAGCUCCUCAGUCAGUUGACUUCCUUACUAGCUGAGGUUGGGCUGAACAUCCAGGAAGCACAUGCUUUUUCAACAGUAGAUGGCUAUUCCUUAGAUGUUUUUGUUGUUGAUGGCUGGCCAUAUGAGGAAACUGAACGACUUCGAUUUGCAUUGGCAAAGGAUGUCUUGAAGAUCGAGAAGCAAUCUUGGCCAAAUCAACUGUCAUUUUCUUCUCUAGGUGAGCAUGAUCAGUCACUGAUAAAAAGCGAACCUGAUCUUUUGACAAUUCCUGGUGAUGGCACGGAUGUCUGGGAAAUUGAUCCUCGAUUUCUGAAAUUUGAGAGCAAAAUUGCAUCUGGGUCAUAUGGGGACUUGUACAGGGGUACAUACCGUACUCAAGAAGUAGCCAUCAAAGUCCUCAAGGCUGAGUGUGUAAGUUCAGACGUGCAAAGAGAGUUUGCACAAGAAGUAUAUAUUAUGAGGAAAGUUCGACACAAGAAUGUUGUACAAUUUAUAGGUGCAUGCACAAAACCUCCUAGCUUGUGCAUUGUAACAGAAUAUAUGUCUGGUGGAAGUGUGUAUGACUAUCUACACAAACUAAAGGGUACUUUUAAGCUUCCAUCUUUGCUAAAAGUAGCAAUCGAUAUCUCAAAAGGAAUGAACUACUUGCAUCAGCAUAAUAUAAUUCACAGGGACUUGAAGGCAGCAAAUCUUCUGAUGGAUGAGAAUGAAGUGGUUAAGGUGGCUGAUUUUGGAGUUGCCAGAGUGAAAGCUCAAACUGGAGUUAUGACGGCAGAAACUGGGACAUAUCGGUGGAUGGCUCCUGAGGUUAUAGAGCACAAGUCCUAUGAUCACAAGGCUGAUGUCUUUAGUUUUGGUAUCGUAUUAUGGGAGUUGCUAACUGGAAAGCUUCCAUAUGAGUACUUGACCCCGUUACAAGCAGCUGUUGGAGUUGUCCAAAAGGGUCUACGGCCUACUAUACCGAAACAGGCUCAUCCGAAGCUUGCUGAGCUGCUUGAGAGAUGCUGGCGGUGUGACCCAACUUUAAGACCCGACUUUUCUGUGAUAACAGAAAUCCUGCAGCAAAUAGCGAAGGAGGUGUUGGUCUAAUGUUAACCAUGUUUGGAUGUUCUUAUAUUGUUUAUAAGCAAUGAAUUUCAAAACAUUUGAAGUAUAGCUCCAGAAAGUGUUUAGAAAAUUCCAGAAAUAAUUUGCUUAACUCACUCCAUUUGCUUCCUCAAUAUUAUUGGUUUUGACCAUUUAUUCUGUUUCCUCAACUCCUUUUUUGUCUUUUUUUAAAUAACUCGUUGUCUUGUGACAAAUUUCAUCCCGUUCUUCAUUGGUAAUAAAGAUGACGCCUGGAAUAUGUGGAACAGGUUGGAGAUGCCGGAGAGGAUCGACACAAGGACAAAUCAUCGGGGGGAUUUCUUUCCAUUCUCAGACGGGGACAUCAUUGACAGGAGAUGCAACAUUUAUAACAUACUUACAUUCGUCUAAUUAGGGGUCAUUUGCUCUCUACUUUUUCAUCUGCACUGUACAGCAAUUUUCAACAUUUUUUUCCCCUGCUAUAGAUUUACAUUACGAAAGUGUGUCCUUCUUUCUGCAAUGUAUCAUGAUAGCAUCAGUUGGUGAGAAGAUAUGUUCUAUAACUUCUGUGAAUUCUAGUCAUUCGCUUUUUGUGAUGUAAACUGGGAACUGUGCGUGCCUGAUUGAUUUCAAUUCUAAGUAGCUC